UCUCGCACAACAGUACGUUGGUAAUUCCGCUGCAGUGUACAGCUGUUUGUCGGUAGGCCCCUGGUUUGUUGGCGUUCUUCGUGGAAUGUUAUAAUCCUGUUAUAACAGCCAUCGAUUGAAAUUUUACUCAAAGUGUGUGUUUACGUAUAAUGCGAAGAUGGAUUUCAAAAACGUAGUAUACAACGCUGCUAGAGAUGGGAAGCUGCGCCGUUUAAAGGUGUUCUUGGACCACCGAAGUGCGGAGGAGGUGCUGAUGCUGGUAGGGUCAAAGACCAACGGAGCCACUCCUCUGGUGAUGGCCUGCCGCAACGGACACUACCAAGUGGUCGAAUAUCUUGUAGAACGAUGCAAUGCAGACAUAGAACAGGUCGGAUCAGUGGUGUUUGAUGGGGAAACGAUAGAGGGAGCGCCGCCGUUAUGGUGCGCCGCAGCCGCAGGACACUUUCCUGUGGUCAAGUUUCUCGUAAAACGAGGUGCCAGUGUAAACUCCACUACUCGUACUAACUCCACACCACUAAGAGCUGCCUGCUUCGAUGGACACUUUGAGAUAGUUAAAUUCCUCAUUGAAGAAGGUGCAGACAUUGAGGUGAGCAACAGACACGGCCACACCUGUCUGAUGAUCGCCUGCUACAAGGGUCAUUUUCGCAUCGCCCAGUACUUACUUACGCUGGGAGCCAAUGUCAACCGCAAGAGCGUCAAGGGCAACACGGCCCUGCACGACUGUGCGGAGAGUGGCUCUCUCGACAUACUCAAGCUGCUCAUACAGCAAGGCGCCAAGAUGGAUGUCGACUCUUAUGGAAUGACACCUCUGUUAGCCGCAAGUGUGACAGGACACAGUCACAUUGUGGAGUACCUGAUAGAGCAGGACAGUCUGGUAUCGAGGAGUGACCGAAUAGAGGCUCUGGAACUGCUCGGGGCGACGUACGUUGACAAGAAACGUGAUAUGAUCGGAGCGCUAGACCUGUGGAAGCGAGCCAUGGCGCUGAGGUUUGAGGAGGGACAGAUGCCGAUGGAGAAGCCACUGCAGCCAAUCACUGUAGAGGCGUACGAACACACAAGGGAGAUCAGAGUCCCUGAAGAAUUGGAAGAUCUGCUGGCAGACCCAGACGAGAUGAGGAUGCAAGCGUUACUUAUUCGAGAACGGAUACUGGGGCCCGCCCACCCGGACACUAGCUAUUACAUCCGAUACCGCGGUGCUGUCUACGCGGACGCGGGCAAGUUUGCACGUUGUGUGGCACUCUGGUCUUACGCACUGGAGAUGCAGCAGACGAUGCUUGAACCGCUCAACCCGAUGACACAGUCCUCGCUAUUCUCGUUCACAGAGCUGUUCUCUUUCAUGAUGGAUAAGGAAGGUAACACCAAUUGCCGUGCCAACUCUCGUGGUCGUCGUGUGCCAGCUGUGGCAUUUCAGGACAUCCUGAGCGUGUUGGAACGUGCCAUCGCAGAGGUGCGCAGUGGUGUGGACGCGUUGGUUCCACCGUCAGAUAGGGAUCCCGCACAUCUACACCGUGUGCUGGUUAUUUCCCUACAUCUGGCGUGUCUGCUGGCUCGUAUCAUGGCCACAUUCAGUGACAAGCAACGCCACCUUGCUCAUCAGACUCUGUACUCCCUAGUAAGCCAGAACGUUCGAGGCCGGCUGGGCCAGACACCACUGCAUCUUGUCUGUUCAUCUUCCUCAACGCUGGUGGGACGCUACCAGGCAUGUCGUUUUCCGUCUCCCGACCUUGUGGAUAUGCUGCUGGAAGUGGGUGCCGACGUGAACGCACGUGACGACCUGGGUAACACUCCACUCCACCUGGCCGCCAGCAACCGGCCGUGUCCCCCUGCGCUGGCUAGGGUGUUGUUAGCACAUGGUGCGCACCUGGACGCACGCGACGGUCAAGGCCGUACCUUCCGUGACCUUCUGCAGGGACAGGAGCUUCACCACAUCGUCAAUCCGCUGCAUUAUACCAAGCUGAGCUGUUUGGCCGCACGUGUUGUCCGCGACAACAACAUCAAGUUCCAUGGACAGAUCCCGUACUCGUUGAAUGAGUUUGUUCUGCAGCACUAACCUGACUGGUUGUUCACGACACGUUACGCUUUACGAGCCUCCUACUUUUCCACAAAGACUAAUAUAUAUUUUUGAUCUUGCGAGUGAUUGUUGCGAUGCAGUAUUAUAUUUUUAUUUAGAGGGAAACGGCAGUAGAGCACGAUUAUACAUGAUACUCUAGUCUUUUUAUUAUUUAUUUUUAUAUCGAAAGUAAGGCUGCAGAUGUCCGUUUUUGAUUUUGUUGACGAGUGUGAUAUAUAUGAUCAGGGUUUACUCAAUUUCGGUUGCUCCCACAAUCCCCUGUAUUUUCUUAACUCGUUAAGAUUGUUGUAUGUUAGAUAAGUAAAUUUAUUGUUAUUUGUGAUAUUUCAACUGAUGUACAGAUAUUUAAGCAAUUAUUCGCAAUAAAUAUUUGAAAAGAA